AUGAAGUGGAAAUAUUAUGAUUAUGAUAUCACACAUUUAGUUGUAUCUUUUUUAUAUUUUAUUCUAUCAAUAUUUUGUACAUAUAGUUUUAUAAAAAGACCCAAAAAGCAACAGAACACUCAACAACUUAUAUUUUAUCCAUUACUUUUUUUAGGUGUUAUAAUUAGAGCAGUUUUUAUGUUUUUACAACCAUUUGUUAGAGAGGGCGAAAUUGUUAUACCAAAUCAAGCAAAUAUUCUUUUAAAUACAUUACCAUCAUUUACAUUCUUUAGUACAUAUUUAAUAGUUUUAUUCAUAUGGGUUGAGAUUUAUUUAAUUUCUUAUGGAAGUAGCAUGAGAUCUAUCAAGGCCCUACCCAUCAUAUUUAAUGUGUUAACAGUUGUCAUGUAUACCGCAUUAAUAAUAUUAUACGUUUUAGAUUUUACUUUAUACCCAAUUCAACACAACCCAGUAUCAGAAUUUUCAACAUUACCAGAGAUGAUCAUAGGAUAUUACGAUGUAGGAUGUUUUAUUUCAGCAUCAGUCCUCUUCUUUUUCUUUGGACUUAGUUUAGUAAUCAAAUUUAGACACUCACAAAAGAACUUUGCAGAAGAUAAAAGAAAAACUAUUCUCAGAAGAAUUACUUUGUUAACUGGUUUAAUUUGUUUCUGCUUUUUAUUAAGAGCAGCAAUUACAUUAUUUGCAUUGGUAGAUUUAAAUUUAAUUUCAUCUUAUUGGUGGUGGUUUGAUGGUGCUUAUUAUUGUGGUUUAGAGAUUGUGCCAUUGUGGAUAAUGUUAUAUUUACUUCAAAUGGAUAGAAAUAAGACAAGAGUUGCUUCAUCAGCAGAAUAUAAUGAAAAAACUUCACUUAUUAAUCCAACUUAA